AUGUUGAAAACUCUGAGCAAAGCGGACACACUCCCGCAGAGUCUGCUCUGGGAGGAUAAGGAAGUGAAAUUUGAUACCCCACAACUACACACGCGUCUUCGCAGCGGCGAGAAAAUAUUGGAUACGAUUUACCAUAUAGAGGACAGCAAGGGCAAUCCUGGCGAUACGGGCCGAUUGCUGGUGACCAACCUGCGCAUCAUUUGGCACUCGCUGGUCCACAAGAAGUUCAAUUUGUCCAUAGGCUAUGCUCGCAUAGGCACCACCAACACGCGCCUGGUGCACAUGCACACAAAGGGCCGCAUACCCAGCCAGGCGCUGUACAUUCUGGCCAUAAGAAAUGAGACGCGAUUUGAGUUUCUGUUUACGGACGUCUCUGGCGAUACGGCGCGCAGGGAUCAGCCGAUCUUUGCCAGCGUUUUCGAUGUGCAUCACUUGUAUCAGCGCACGUUUCUCUACAGGGAUCUCAAGUUGCGCGGCGCCAUUGUGCAGGCGGGUCAGCUGAUUAUAAUGCCGGAUGAGCAGGUGUACAGCCAGGUGCAGGGCGUCUGGAAUUUGUCCAGCGAUCAGGGCAACCUGGGCAGCUUUGUGGUGACCAACAUCCGCCUGGUCUGGUUUGCGGAUGCUAAUGAGACCUUCAAUCUGAGCCUGCCCUAUCUGCAGAUCGAAGCCCUGCGCAUACGUGAGUCCAAGUAUGGCCCGGCGCUGGUCAUCCAGACGGCUGAGACGGCCGGCGGCUAUGUGUUGGGCUUUCGCAUUGAUCCCGUGGAGCGUCUGAAUGGGCUCUUAAAGGAGCUGGGCUCCCUGCACACCAUCUACACGGAGCAACCGAACUUUGGCGUACAGUACGAUCCGCUGGACGCGCGCAAGCGUCAGGCCGCCGCCGCCGAGGAAGCUGCCCAGGCAACACAAUUCAAAAUUGAGGAAUAUCAGGAGCUGGACGAGCGUCAGGAGCGCGAAAUAAAUACCAAGCUGAACAGCUAUCUCGCCGCGGGCUGCCUCGCCGACACGGAGCAAGCGACGCCGGAGCCCAUCUAUUGCAGGGAGCUGGGCUUUGCCAUGGAACGCAUACCCGCGGGCUACAAGCUGCAGGAUUUGUGGAAUGUGAUGCCCACAAAAAUGGCAACGCUCGACGAGUGAG